AUGAUAAUAUGCGAUAUGGAUUUCUUGAAGCAGAACUACAGUUUACUGCUGACGAUUUCCGGUGAUGCCUGCAAACUAUGGAAUCUCGACUUGCAGGAGCUACUUCACACAUUCACCUGCCCGCAUUCAUGUCUUUCAGCUUUUUCGGUCGGUCCACAUGGGGACACUUUCUUGUAUGCGACCAAGAGCGGCAAGAUCGUAAUGGCCAAACUUUCUACUACGGGUUCUAACUCUUCUGAGUUGUGUUCACUAUCGAAAUACUUAGUUGAAUUCACUGAGCGGUCUCGUGUGCCUAUGUUGGCGAAUAAUACUUAUAGUGCAAAUUCACCAGUUCGUGCACAUUGGUCGAAUGACAGGAAGCUGGAACCGAGGGUAUCAAAUGACGUGGUAUGCCAGAUACUUGCGAUGCGGACGAAUGGAUCAAAGUUGGCAAUAAUAACAUGUGCUCGCUUCUGUGUGAUCGACUUUGGCACUCGUCAGCUGGAUGCUUCUUGGAAUUGGUCGGAUCUUGGUUUAUCUGGCUGGACGUAUAUCCUCGAUGCUCGCAUGACAGUUGACAAGACGGCUGUCAACUUUUGGCUCAAGGGUAGAGAUAAUCAAGUUGUCUUUAUAGCCGCUCCCAUUUUGCGAGAGGAUAAAGGAAUGGAUAUUGGUGACACUGUCAGUCCCAGAGCAGUUGCCGAGUUUUCUCUCCUCGCUGUUGGAGAUUUGUUGCCCAACUCAGUUCUACGCAAGGCGCUCUGUCAUCGCAAUUCUACGAGUAGCAUUAACCAACCGACCAAAUCCAGACAAUCGCUCAACAGGCCAAUCACCUUUGGACACCCUAUAAAAUCUUCUGGCUAUGGCCGGCAGCAAACGCCACGGAAAAUGUUUGAGCCCCACAUCAACCCAGAAAAGCACACAAGAAUAUCUUCAAGACACAGUACUUAUGGGACCUCUAAUCAGAUAUUGAAGACAUAUACCGGAUCCGAAACAGCACCAUCCACAGUCAAAUACUACGGAUCCGUGGACAGUUGCGUCACACCGGUCUACCAUCUUACCUACUCCCCUUCAGGGACCCGCUUAGCGGCAGCGUUGGGCAGCGGAGUUUGCUUACUGCUGUGCAGUACAGUUAAUCCUACUUUCAAACAACCUACGGAUGAUUCGGGACUCGGGCUUCUAUAUGGUAACGCGCUCUGUGGUCACAGCGGUCCAGUACUGUGCGCCGCGUGGUCCUCUGACGGUCAGCUGCUUCUAACCAGUUCAUCGGACCGCACAGCACGUCUCUGGCGGUUGAUUCCCCCAAGCACACCACAAAAGGCGAGGAAAUCUGUACCGCUGCUUCGGACAGCUCUGAUCAUGGACUCCCCCAGGGGUGGCUUGACGAGCGUGUAUAAAAAGCAGAGCGGUCAACAGACGAAUAUUGUAAAUAGAACAGCUAUGCGAGAUGCCGCUUUCACCGACUGCAUACAGUUUGCCAACUUUCACUUUUUGGAUGCCUUUGUGUACCUCGUCUGCCAGAACGUCCUCCGUCUGUACUCUUAUGAGUUGGCUGACGUCACCAACAAACUGGACAAGGGUCGGUGUACCAGUGUUUACAAAUUGGUGGGAGAUUUUCUUCUCAACUCCUGCAAUCGCAUAACGGCUGUCGCUUCAGCCAACAUAUUCUAUUCCUACAUCAUGUUGUGUGCCGGCUCUGAUCGCAGUCUUUCAGUUGUUGAUUUGAACACAAACCAAAUACACAGAAAGGUGGAAUCAGCACACUGUCGCAACAUCACUGCCAUUGCGCUGAAUCAGGGUUCGCUGUACUGCAGUCCGAAUGGGGGAGAUCCCGACCCUCUGUCAACAAACAACAGUGGGUAUUCAACGUUUGCCACCGUAGCCCCAAAGGACUGCGUACGAAUGUGGGAUCUACGUGAUACGACGAGACCGGUGGUUCAGUUUCUAUCUCCCAGCUCGAGCAUAUCUAGCGCAGUCAGUGGGGCCUCAAUGGAUCCUCUGAUUCCACCAGUAAAUGCUACUUUCAGCCCCUGUGGUCGACAUCUCGUUGUCGGUGGUCGGAUCAAUCCGGAUCAGAUGUGUCCGGUAAUUUACGACAUACGAAAACCGUGUUCCCAUCCCCUCACCAUUCUGCGACCCGCUACAGAUAAAGUCGUGUCAGCACCUGCAACAGUGGUUGCAUGGCACCCGCUAAGGGCCGAGGUGGCGACCGGAUCCCAUGAUGGUAAACUUGGUGCAUACGUGCCCUAA